AUGACCGUAAAUUACCAGCUUGAUGUGGCAUCGGGAAGCCCAGCGCUGUUUCUUAAGCUAUUAACAAGAUGGCGCGGGUCCGUAUGGAAAUCAGUGAUUGGAGAAUUGAUUAUUUGGCUAGCCAUGUUCUACGCCUUAUAUUUCAGCUAUCGCUACGCAUUCAGUGAAAAUCUUCAAAGAAUAUUUGAAGACCUUUCGGUUCAUUUCGACGAUCGUCUCAAAUAUAUUCCUUUAACAUUCAUGCUUGGAUUCUUCGUCACUACAGUUUUCGAACGAUGGCGAAGUGCACUCAAUGUUAUGCCGUUUAUAGAAAGCGUCGCACUCUCCGUCGCCGUUCUGAUAUCCGGCAUCGACGAUGAAGCCCGAAAAAUUCGGCGAACAAUCAUUCGCUACGUCGUUUUGCACCAAGUUCUCAUAUUUCGAGAUAUCUCGAUGAUGGUUAGACGACGAUUUCCAACUCUUCAAUACGUAGUUGACGCUGGUUUCAUGGAACCGGAAGAGCUUGACAUUUUCGACUCAGUUAAUAUUAAACCUGGCCAAAAAUAUUUUGUUCCAAUCAACUGGGCAAAUUCGCUAGCGCUAGAAGCUCAUCAGAACAAAUUCAUUGAACAACCAGUCGCGUUCAACAACGUUAUUUUUGCCAUCAAAGAAUUUCGCGUAGCUAUGGAAACUCUGACGAAAUUCGAUCAAAUUCCGAUACCCAUCGGAUAUCCUCAAGUUGUUUUCUUAGCCACAAGAGCUUACUUUCUUAUAUGCAUUGUCAGUCGACAAUUUUUGAUACAAGGGGGUUCCGAAACACAGAUGGACUGGCCGAUUCCGAUUAUGACCAUAUUCGAAUUUGUAUUCAUUAUGGGUUGGAUGAAGGUUGCGGAAGUUCUUCUCAAUCCCUUAGGGGAAGAUGACGACGAUUUCGAAGUGAAUUGGAUAAUUGAUAAAAACAUUGCGACGGGGAUGGCGAUAGUUGAUGAUACCCACGCGUUUCAUCCAAAUAUGAAAGUUGACAAAUUUGCCGACCCCAAUUAUCUUCCACAAUAUGCGCCAGAAAGUCAAUUACCGAGAACAUUAACUGGAUCUGCAGCAAAAGUCGAACUGGCACCAUCGAAUGAAGCUGUCAAAAUGGUGCGGGUAACGCCUGAGGAUGCGAUUCCUACGACAGAGCGCGCCGGGACACAACCUAGCAGAAAAGCCUACUCACUACGAAAAAGGUCCAAAUCAAUCGAUAUAGAAAGCCCUCCAAAAUUGACAUUAUCGACACCAUCUAAUUCACCAAAAGUACCUGACAGACCUACAUUGGCUACACUGAGCGAAGAACGACGAAAUUCGAAUGGUUCUAUCGCUUCAACUGACUCGAAAAACACAAUUUAA